UGGUAAAGCAUUUCAUCUAUGUAAUCAAGACUUAGUCGUGUUAGUCAUGAAGGAGAAACGCUAAAAAAAAAUUCUGUCUGUUACAUACGUAGGAUUAUUUUAAACUAAAAGUGGAAUUGGAAAAGCCGAAAGCAAGGUGUGAGGCUGUGGGAGAUUUCCAAUGUGGGGUCAGCAAGUUCAGAGGUUAGGUGACCUUACAGAGGAGCUUCUACCAUGACAAGAUCAGGUGCCUUCAAACUCAGCAUCCUCUUCUUUAUCACCUUCAUCCUGUGUCUACCAGAGUUUUUUCCAAAAACAUCACAAAUUGAGUUUCUCUGUGAGCCCUUUGACCCUUGCACACCUGAGAAUGAUGCACAGCUGUGUGCUCCAUAUGACCCUCCAUGUGUGACAGAAAUGAUAAAUGCCAGCAGUCAGCACACACACUCUGAAGGCUGGUAUCUGUGUACGACUGAAAUGGAUCUGCAGCUUUUCCAGAACAAUACCUCACAGUCAGAAGAUCAUGUGAUGGUGCUACUGACGAUGAAGGCAGGCAAUCUCUCUGGAUGGAACAUUAGUGAUUUUGUGUUUCUCAACAACACUGAUCUAUACACUGCUGGAGCCCAAAAUGACCAGAGACUGUUUUAUUGCUACCUCCCACCAGACAGCAGCAAAUGUCCAGAUCUGAACAUAUCCAUGCAAGAAAAAAACACCAGCCCUCCAAUACAAGACACCUCCAUUUUAAAUAACACUUCUUCUGCGAACCCAACUGCCUUUUCACUCAAAACAACUACAGCGUCUUUCCAAGCAACAGCUAAUACAGAUGAGCUGAGGUGUCAACCAACCAGCAGCAGUUUCCUCUUUUACUACCAGGAGAACAAUGAAACAGCCAGAUCUGCCGCAUUACCAGUGACCCAAACGAGAAAAGACGGCCGGUGGUGUGUGAUUACUUCGGUGUGGUUGGCUCUGGUACUGACUGUGAUUGUUGUAACCCUAUUGAGUGUGGGCAACCUGAUCUUUAAGAGCAGGAAACGACAGUCCCGUUCGGUUGCAUCUCUGCGUGUUUCAGCCCGUGGACGUCAGCUCAAAGAGCUCAGUAAACAAAAAGAAAACUUAAUGAGGGAUGUCCCUGCUGUGUCCAUAGCAAUGUGCAGUUUAAGUGAUGGUGAUGUAUUCUCUGAGAAAUCUUCAAUGGGGAACAGAACAGAAGAAAACCUUCUGAAGGUAGCUGACCUCACAUACAAGAGAAGUUUGUCGCCAAUCCAUGAGAUCACAGAGACCUCACUAUAUGAAGAAGAGCAAAAUGAAGAUGAGAAAGAGUUAAAAAAAGCACAAAAAUCACAGGACCACUGUAAACCACCAACUUACCUGCAUCAUCGAAGCAACUAUUCAUGUUCUGCUCAUGAAGAAGAAAGAGAGGCACUUCCAUAAACAGAAAAUCGAUUUGUUUACAACACGACAGAGGCCAGAUAACUUUGUCAUGCUUUCUCCAUAGAUAAACAUCAGGUUAAAGUGUCUGCACAAGACGUUAGACAAGUAUAAUGUUUUACAACCCCAUCGUCUGGACCAACCAUAGUGACAAGCAAUAUACACUGCUCCAGAAAAUUAUCAAUGGAUCAGUCAGGAAUUAUAAGGAGAGAGCAGUUGCCUGAAAAAGCAUUCUCCAGUGCACCUGUUGACACUUUCAUUUGCACCAAAGCAUGUGAAACUGAUUCAUAAUCACUUAUGCUUCCCAUAAUCACUUAUUCUGGAAAGAUACCUCAGGUUUAAACAUUUUGCACAAACCAAACUAUAUAUAAAUUAAUCUUCUGUGCACUUAUUUUCCAGCUUUCAUUUUAUGCUCUGCCCAGCAUUUUUGACAGGCAGAGACUAAGAGUGCCUCUCUCAGUUAUCUUAACUACAGGAAUAUGCAUCACAAUAUAGUGUUGUGUCACACACAGUCUCAACAAAAUAUGUUUGCCCAAUGCUGAAAAAAUUAUUAAAGGGAAGAUUUCUGACUAGGCUGAAAACAUAAACCAUAGUGCAUGGUUCUCCAACAUCCAUUUAGCAAGCAGCAUGGCAACACUAAUGUGAUUUCAUAAUUAUACAACCCCAGUCUUAAACUCUUGUGGCUAUUAAAGUAAUACUCAUGUUUCCAUAAUGCACUUUUCAUCUUCACAUCAAGUUAAAAUGUACAGAGAUUUGUAACUGGUACUGAGAACAGAUGCUAAAAUAAAAACACACAGUACUGAGAA